AUGGCGGCGCAACGUCUACACUGUCGCGGAAAACAGACCCAUUUUGCAAGUCCAAGUGGAAGCACACGGUUUUUAGAAGAUGAAACGUUCUACCGGAUGCUGGACUGCUGGAACACGACCAACAGCCAUCCGAUGUUCGCGGAGAACGACGCGCGGCACCAUCAGCAGACCUUGCAGCGGCAGCGCCGGCUGCUCAUGCAGCUGAUCGCCCUCACCGUGGUCUCGGUCAUGUGCUGGAUCGGCAUCACCUUCGUGGCGCAGCCCGUGCGCAACGUGCCCGACCCCGAGAACGAGAACGCGACCAUCACGGUGGAGGUGCCGCAGCUGAUGGUGGGCGCGUGGUACCCGUGGGACGCGCGCCACGGCCCGGCGUACAUGUUCAGCUUCGGCUACCAGGUGUACUGGCUGCUAGUGAUGCUCGGCCAGGCCAACAUGUACGACGUGCUGCUCGCCAACGUGGUGGUGCACGCGUGCGGCCAGCUCCGCCACCUCAAGGAGAUCCUGAGGCCCCUCAUGGAGCUGAGCGCCGCCUUCUCGCCCGCCUCCGGCAUCGCGCCGUCCAACGGCAAGAUCUUCACCACGCAGGCGGUGUUCAGCGCCAAGCACAACCUCGUCAUGCCCGACAUGAUGGACCUCGACUACCGCAACAUGUUCAACAACGCGCGCGGCCAGGCCAACCUCAUCCAGGGGCAGCUGCCGCCCGUGAGCGUCAACGGGGACCGGCCGCCGUCCGUGGAGGACGUGAACCCGCUGCCCAUGACCAACACGCUGACCGUGGCCAAGAACACCGACAGCAUGGCCGUCAAGGAGGAGGUCUUCGUGCGCUCGGCCAUCAAGUACUGGGUGGAGCGCCACAAGCAGCUCGUCAAGUUCGUGUCUUACAUCUCGCUGGCCUUCGGCGGAGAGCUGCUACUGCACAUGCUGAACGCUACCGUCAUCCUAACCAUCCUCGCCUAUCAAGCCACAAAGGUUAGCGACUUCGACGUAUUCGCCUGCAGCACGGCGGGCUACGUCCUGUACUCCAUGGCGCAGAUCUACCUCUUCUGUAUCCACGGCAACGAGCUCAUAGAGGAGAGCUCGACGGUGAUGGAGGCCGCCUACUCGUGCCAGUGGUACGACGGCUCCGAGGAGGUCAAGACGUUCGUGCAGAUCGUGUGCCAGCAGUGCCAGAAGAACCUGGUCGUGUCGGGGGCCCGCUUCUUCACCGUGUCGCUCGACUUGUUCGCCUCUGUGCUAGGAGCCAUGGUGACGUACUUCAUGGUGUUGAUCCAGCUCAACUAGGGAGGACGGGGAGAAGAGGGGGAGGGUCAAGGGGGCGGCGGCAUGCGGCGUGGAGAGCAUGGGGUCCAUGCAAGCAGGAGGGUGCCGCCCGGUGGAGAGGAGGGCAGGUGCCCGGUGAACGAAAAGCUCAGGGAACUGGGGAGAUUUAUGGAUAUUUUCAGGGUAGUGGGGGUGAGAUCACGACGUUUUAAGCACACCUGUUCUAUUGUGAUAAUGUUAGCUAUUUUUGAAAAUCCACGUUUUUUGUUGUUGUUUUGAAGUGUUGUAUUAUUAUAGAUUUAGGUGUAAGGGGAUGACCGUGCGAAAUUCCAGUGACAAAUAGCACUUGAAUCGGCAUCGAAAUGUCAACCAAACAAGGUCGAAAUGGCGGAAUCGACGUCGAAACGAUAUAGUUCGAUAUGAGUUGCUUACUGGGAUGGUCUUGCGUUUUUUGCACUUUUUAAAUCAUAUUUUGACUUUUACAAUCAUAAAGCAAGUAUGAUUAUGGGAAAUGCGUCUCACAUAACGCUGUUGCCUGGGGUAGGGGUAAGUUUAAAACUGUCACCUCUAAUUCUUCUUACGUAGUCCUGACUAGCACUUCUUUUGAGGCACGACAUGUUAUUUUAGUAUUAGUAAUAAUAUUUGCAUGUAAUAUAUUCUGUUUGCUGUGUGAGGACAGUGAUAGUGUUUCGUAAUGGUCUUCACGCUUUUCUUACUUAAGGUUUGUAAAUUUAGAAAAUUCAAGUCAAUGCAUUUUAGGCAGGCAAGUGUUAUUACGUAUACCGGGUGAUCCAGAGAACACGCAGGUGCCGGUGGGUUUGCCUACCCGCUCUGCCCGUAAGGCGCCAAACCCUCUUGGGUAGGCAAACCCGCCCGCACCUGCGUCUUCCCUGAAUCGCCCGGUACAUAACGUCAAACUGUAGAUGAAUGCAAUAAGUUGUCAGAAUUUAUAAGAUUUCACUUCAGCUACGUGAUAUAUUGGCAUAUUUCCAGGGUUAUAAAUCAUUUGAAGCUAGUAGUAAUGCUACCUAGUACUUUUUGAAACUUGUAGUCGUUUCACAACUCUAGCGGAAAAAAAAACAUGUGAUGCAGAGGAGACAAGUGUGUUUAAGUCUAAGCAUGCAGGCAUGCAGACAGUAUGUUGACUGGCAACUAGUUUUGUUUAAGUAUUGUGUUAGAAUAAUUAAGGAUGAGAAGGAAUCUUCUCCUACAAUAGAGUGAGCCUUUACAUGGUAAUUUUCUUACAAUCACAUUAUUAAAAAGUCUUGUUUUCUUUUUACUUAAGAAAUAAAUACAGAUAAGAGUGUUGUGAAUAAGAGGUUGGGCCGUUUGGGCGCUUCGAUGGAUUACAAGAAUAGAAAUAAAAGUAAUCUGUAAGAUCAACAAA